AUGGAGCUGGAUCCCUACCAAUGCAUUGCCAAGAAGAAUCGCAAGUAUGCCUCGGAAUGCACUGAGGUUCACUUGGCCAAUCAGGGUGCGGAAUCCAUUUCGAAGAAGUUCGAGCACUUCAGCUCGCUCGAAGUCAUCUGGUUCCAGGGAAAUCGUUUGUCACGAGUGGAGAACCUCGAGACAAACUUUCGCAUCCGGGAGGUGUACAUCCAGAACAAUCGCCUGGUGUCCUUGGCUGGGCUCAAGAGCUUCAAGUUCCUGCGGGUCUUGCUAGCAAGCGGGAACCAGCUGCGAAAUCUUGACAAGCAGCUGGCCUUGCUAUCAAGAUUCCCGUUCCUCAAGAAGUUGGAGCUCUUUGACAAUCCGGUGGCAGAGGAGCCAGACUACAGGCUCCGCCUCAUCUACCACGUGCCUCAGGUGGAACUUUUAGACCAGCACACCGUCAAAGGGGCGGAGCGACUUCGGGCGGAUGAAGUUGUACCGAACCUGGAUAAGGUCUCUGCAGCCAAGGUGGAGAAGCCUCGACCGAAGGGCCAUCAGUUCUCCGUGCUGGAGAGGCAGUGUAUUCACGAAGCUCGCAGCAUCCAGGAGAGGCGGAGGCAAGCAGAAGAGCUCUCCAUGAGCAAGAGCUUCCAUGUCGCCGCCGGCAAGGAUGCACCGCCGGACUGCAAAAUGUUCAAAGCCAAUCGGGAUCGUUGGAUGGACCCCAGGAAAAAGAUUCUCCAUGAGACGUUGAGGCCCACACCUUGGGAGUGCCACGAGAUGCGCAGCUUCAUUGAGUCCAAGGCCAAGAAGGAGCUCACGAAGGCGGAUGUGGAGGCCUUGGCCAAGGAGCUCGGGGAGACCGGGGUCGAAGAAGUUGGCCGCUUUCUGAAAAGCCCGGCGGCAGUCUUCGAGGAGUUAGCGGAGCAGGAUGAAGUGGAAGAGGGCAUGACAGCACUGGCGCGCAGCCUCAAGUUUCACACCGAGUCGAAGGGCAAGGUGAAGGCCAUGCCUCACGCUCUGGACAAGCUGAUGCAAGACGCAUCGGCGACCAUGCCGGUAGCAGAAGUGAUCACCUGGCUCCUGAAGCUAGACUGGCCUCGGUUUGAUGACGAGCACCUCGAAAGGCGCAUAGACAAGCUUUUCGAAGACAUGCGGCGUGCUGAGUUUGCUGGCGACAAAGAGACUGUGGGCAAGCUUCAAACACACGCCUCACGGCUGGAGGGCGCCAAGACGCUCAAGCACCAUGUGGAGCUGAACCGCAAGGAGAUCCUCCGAUCAGCUCCCAAAGCCCGAGUGGACAUCUUUCCUCAGACGUUCAUUCGCGGCAAGCGCCAGAUAGACGAAGCUACCGGGCGAAUCGUCUUGAAGGUGGGCAUGGACACAAGGAGCACCAGCAUGGGAACCAUGACUGUUACGACGAGGUAG